AGGGUUCCAUGGCUUCUGACGGAACCCGACGAGUCAGUGGCGUGGACCCCACCAAUCGAAGGAGACCACCCCUCGAUUUUAAUGCGCGGCCGGUGGCAUUUCUUUUGCAGUAUUCCACCUUCCACCAACACCGCCACCUCUUCUCUCUCCCUUAGAUUUUAAGAAAGAACAGAGCCAGUGGAAGGGCGGGAAUGCGCUUGGGUUGUUGGAGAGUUACUGAGGAUUCUGACCUCUCCGUUCGCGGAUCUGGCUUUGGGCUUCUCUUGCGAGAUCUCGCGAGAUGGGCAGAUGGGUUCUGGGUCUUGGAGGAAGGGAUUUUGGCGAAUGGUAGGACCCGAGCCCUCUCGUAUAGGGCUUGAGAUAUCUGGUUGCGUGGAGUUUGGAGAAAGGGUUUUGGGGGUUCCUCUGGGUCUUCCGAUGAGUUCUGUGGCUUGAAGGAUAGAUGGAGAGAAGAAAACAGCCUCCUCUGGUCGAGAGCUCAGCAUGUCUCUGUCGAGUAGAUGCAGGCCUGAAAACUGUUGCUGGGGCUAAGAAAUUUGUCCCAGGAUCCAAACUCUGCAUUCAACCCAGCAUCAAAGCAUCCAUCCAUCCAUCCAAGCUCAAGGCAGCUCGAGGGGACCGAAGCCGCAGUCAGUCACCUCUGCUACCCGGCCUACCCGAUGACCUUGCCAUAGCUUGCCUGAUCCGCGUCCCACGAGCUGAGCACCGCAAGUUAAGGCUAGUCUGCAAGCGAUGGCACCGUCUUUUGGCUGGCAACUAUUUCUACUCCCUCCGCAAAAGCCUUGGAAUCGCCGAGGAAUGGAUCUAUGUCAUCAAAAGAGAUAGGGAUGGUCGGAUCUCGUGGGAUGCAUUCGAUCCCGUCUACCAGCUCUGGCAUCCUCUGCCACCCGUCCCAGGGGAGUAUUCUGAAGCCCUUGGAUUUGGGUGUGCUGUCCUCAGCGGAUGCCAUCUAUACUUGUUUGGGGGUAAGGAUCCUCAUAAGGGGUCCAUGAGGCGGGUCAUCUUCUACAGUGCCAGAACUAACAAAUGGCACCGGGCUCCUGACAUGUUGCGGCGGCGGCACUUCUUUGGCUCCUGUGUGAUAAACAACUGCUUGUAUGUGGCUGGUGGGGAGAGUGAAGGGGUCCAUCGCUUCUUGAGAUCAGCCGAGGUCUAUGAUCCAAACAAGAACCGGUGGUCCUUCAUAUCAGACAUGAGCACUGCAAUGGUCCCGUUCAUUGGGGUUGUCUAUGAGGGGAAGUGGUUCUUGAAGGGGCUUGGAUCUCAGCGGCAGGUGCUGAGCGAGGUCUAUGUUCCAGAAACCGGCAACUGGUACCCAGCUUUCGAUGGCAUGGUUAGUGGAUGGAGGAACCCAAGUGUUUGCUUGAAUGGCCAACUCUAUGCUCUUGAUUGCAAAGAUGGUUGCAGACUAAGAGUGUAUGAUGGGGCCACAGAUUCUUGGAGCAAACAUAUUGACAGCAAGAUGCACCUGGGGAGUUCUCGAGCUCUAGAAGCAGCCGCUCUUAUCCCUCUUAAUGGGAAACUAUGCAUUGUUCGAAACAACAUGAGCAUUACCGUUGUGGAUGUUGCAGGGAAGAACAGUAGGGAUAGUGAGGAUCAGUGCUGGGAGACAAUUGCUGGCAAGGGACACCUGAAGACAUUCGUCACAAAUCUAUGGUCUAACAUUGCAGGCCGUAAUCGUCUCAAGAGUCACAUUAUCCACUGUCAGGUCCUUCAGGCUUAGAAGAAAGAAAUUCUCAAUGUACAUGCGGCAAUUCGUCUGGGGCAAUCUUUUUGUUUUGCAUUUCAGUUGGGAACUAAGAAGUGGCCUUCAGAGCAUGUUGCUGUGGAGCAUGCUUACUGUGGUAUACAAAGUAAACUGUAUCAUACAAGACGGUGUUGUAUUCAGAAUUAUAUUGAAAAACCAACAGAAAUUAAGUGAUGAACAAAAAUUAAGGAGU